CUGUCAAAUCUACAGUGCACGCAGGAGCACGCUAUGUGGUGGAGUUUACUGAGGAAGGAAUAGGAUCAAUCGUCGAUUUGUGUCAAGCAAAUGUCAAGUUUCCAGAGAGAAAAUGACGCUGCUAAAGCUCUGUUCAGGAGACUUGAGUCUGCAGUUACUCCCAUCGUGUCUGGCGAGUACAGUCACCACCGGGACAGAGCAGUGAUGGCAUCCCGGGUCUCCUUCACCCAAGCCCGCAUAGAAGCGGAGCUGGAGCGCUACCGGGCCGAGUGCCAGUGGGACAAGAUGCCGAUGAUCAUCGAGCAGAUGAAGGUUGCGCGGAUCCACGAGGACGAUGACUACGGGAUGCUGCUGAUGGCCGAGGUGCUGCUGGAGGAGUGCCUGCAGGAAAACCUAGACCUUUUACGGAGCUCCACCCCUUUGAUGGACAAGACCCAACCCAGACUGGGCCGUGCCAAAGGCCACCUUAACACCCUCCUCAGCCGAGGCCGUCUCACACCCAGGUAUCUGAACGAGGCUCUGCUGCUGAUGGCUAAAUUGCACUUUGUGCAGGGUCGCUACCGCGAUGCUCAGGGAAUGUGUGCCAGGGUGGGACUGGAGGAGCUGACGCAGAAUGAGCAGCCGACCUACCACCUCCGCCUGCUGGCCGAGGCUUUUGUAAUCAAAGGUCUGUCUCUGGACCACCAGACAGUUUCUGCAUCGUCUCGUGUCCGUCUGUCAGAGAGGGAGGAGGAGAGUCUGUCCUGUUACCUCAGAGCCUGUGACGCUGCCCUGUCCUACCUGCAGGAGCUCGAUAAGAUUUCAGUAACAACACCCCACACCAAAACAGCCAAAGCCAGUCUGCCUCCUUCACCUGUGGAUAUCGACCUGGGCUACUUCCUCCAGGCUUCCUUACAAAGUGCUUACCUUUGUCUGCUGCAGAGGGGCCAUCUAGCCCAGGGUGCUCACCAGCUGCGCAGGGUCCUCAGGGUGGUGGAGUCACGAGGGUCUCAGAGCUUCAAGAAGUCUGCAGCGAGAAAGCUAGCUGAGGUGCUGCUGAGCUCCGUCAGUGAGGACAGCUACUGGCCCCCGCUGGGCCCCCCACCCUCAUCCUGGCUUCACAGAGAGGGAGCCGCCGCCUCCAAAGACGCCAUCUACCCCACUGUUAAAUCCCCGCAACGUUACAGCACUGACGGUUGCUUCUGUCCUCAGGACGUGGUGGAGGAAGCUGUGUUGCUGCUGCUCAUCACAGAGUCCAUGGCCAGCGGCGAGGCGGUGAUCAGUCGUCUGCCAGACCAGGCGGAAGCUCGUCAGGCUAGCCUGCAGGAUGCCACCUCUGUUUAUGACCUGCUCACCAUCGGCAUGGCCAGGAGAGGGCAGUACGGCAUGCUUUCUGAGUGUCUGGAGCGAGCCAUGAAGUUUUCUUUCAACGAGUUCCACCUCUGGCACCAGCUGGGCCUGUCACUCAUGGCGGCUGGGAAGGGCAUUGGUGCUGUGUCUGUAUUUAAAGAGUGUGCCAGGAUGAAACCAGAGGACCCCUCAUUGCCCCUACUGGCUGCUAAAGUCUGCAUUGGUCAACUUCACUGGUUUGAGGAGGCCGAGGCUCUGUCGCAGAGUGUGGUGUCUAUGGGCGAAGAAGCCGAAGAAUUUCUACCUCGGGCCUACCUGUCCGUGGGACUCUGCUGCAGUUUACAGGCCUCUGAUGCCACUCUGAAAGCUGAUCGAAAUGAAUUAAACAAAAAAGCACUACAAGCUUUGAGCAAAGCUCAUUCAUUAGACCCCCAGGAUGCUCAGAUUGCUAUGUACCUGGCUCUGCAGCUGGCACUUGUGCGCCAGGUAUCAGCAGCCAUUGAGCCCCUGCAGGCAGCUUUGUCUCUCCGUGGGGACGACUUACACUCCCUCCACCUGCUGACUCUGCUGCUGAGCGCCCAGAAACACCACCGUCAUGCCCUGGACACCCUAAGCCUGGCUCUCAGCCAGCACCCCAGCAACUUCAAUCUGCUGUUCACAAAGGUGAAGCUUGAAGAGGCCCUGUUUGGCCCAGCCACAGCCCUGCAGACCUGUGAAGAGAUGCUGCAACACUGGCUGAGCCGCUAUGAUGUCAGCCGCUCCAGUGAGACAGAUGACAGCAGCAGUAUACCGAUGGCUGAGAGGGCAGAGGUCAGCUCUGGAGCCAGGAAACCCUCCAUCCACCUCACCCUGCCUGACUUCCAGGAGGCCUCCACAGGUUCACAGAGCCCUUCGUCAGUUGCAGUGUCUCGUCUGGAAGCGGCGCUCUCUGAGUUGUCGGACCUAAGCUCCUCCCGUCGCCAAGGACCCACCUACAUCUGGGCCACCCUGGAGCGCAUUUGGCUGCAGGCUGGGGAGUUGUUCAUGGCGGAUGGUCGGCUAAAGGAGGCCCAGUUCUGCAUAGCCGAGGCCAGCGCGCUCUUCCCCAACUCGCACUCGGUGCUGCUGCAGCGGGGCCACCUGGCUGAGCUCAGGGGCCAACUGGACGAAGCCAAAAACCUGUAUGACGAGGCCCUGGCCAUCCAUCCCACGGGAGAGCGCAUACUUGUGCACAUGGGCUGUCUGCUGGUGAAAACCGGGCGUGUUCACCUCGGGGAAAAGGUCCUGCGUGAUGCGGUUCAGGUCCACAGCACCUCCCACAAGGCGUGGAGCGGCCUGGGCGAGGCCCUGCAGUUGCGGGGCUCCAGCCAGGCUCCCGACUGCUUCUUGACAGCCCUGGAGCUGGAGGCUUCCUGCCCCAUCCGGCCCUUCACCAUUAUCCCCAGGGAGCUUUGAGGGGCCUGGGCUGGGGUGGAGGUUAUGAUUAGGGUUAGGGUUAAGGAAGUGGCACGUUGCUGAAUUAUACACUGAUACAGAUACACUAAAAAAAAAAACACUGCUCGGUUGAAAAUCUACCUUAAAUGAAAAGUUUGACAUUUUGGGAGAUAGGCCUGUUCACUUUCUUUCCAAGUGUGUGAUGGGAAGAUUGAUACCACUCAUCUGUCGAUUAAAUAUGAAGCUUCAGCCAGGAGAUGGUUAGCUUAGCUUAAGAAAACGUCUAGCUCAUAACCCCCUGUAAAACUACAAUUGUUUUUUUUUAUACACUGGACGAAUUAAACAAAGUAGAAUGUAAUAAGUGGACUAAAGAGUUUAUGGUAGGCAGAUAUUUUUGUAAUCUUUAGACAGAGGGAGGCUAGCUUUUUCCCCUUGUUUCCUGUCGUUAUGCUAAGAUAAGAUUACCUAAGCUAAUAUGAAUGUGGUAUCAAUCUUCUCAUCUAACUUCUAGCAAGAAAGUGAUUCAAGUGUAUGUCCUAAAAUCCAAAGUAUUCCUUUAACAUGUAUUUCUUUAACUAUUGUUCUCAAUCUCAGUGACCUUCAUUGUCACCCUCUUAAUUAUCCAAUUGUCCAAAUAUUAUAUAUGAGCAUUCCUAGCAUCCAUUGUUGAUAAGUUAUCAGAAUGCAGAAAAAAGGUUUUUUUCUCAAUGUUGCAUAUUUACGUGAAAACAGUGGCGUUGAUAUUGGAUAUCAAUGCUGUUUGUGCAAAAAAAGCAACAGAGGCAUUCAGAUUAUUGCAGAUAACAGAGCAGUGUAUAGAGAGAAUAAUGUUAUAAUACUGUACUGUAACAAUGUGCAUAUCCUAUGGAGUUAUAAGUACAGAAGUAAUAGCUCUUUUGCAAUUAGUGACAAAUUAGUUAUAUUUAAAAACAAAUCUGAAUCAUUGGCUAUCACUUUAAUGGUUCAUAAAUCACAAAGAUGUGCUGGUUACAUCUUGAGAUAGAAUGUAUGUUGGUGUGUUAUAUGUGGAAAUGCAGAUACAUAGAUUAUGUAUAGGCUGUCAGUAACACCAGCAGCUCCACUUUAUCUUUACUUUAGCCUUUGAUGUAUUUUUGAUGAUCAUGUUGAUUGACGCAGCUUUCAUGUAUACACACACACACACACACACACACACACACACACACACACAC